AGGGCCACCUUUUCCCACGAGUUGGAUCCAGAGGUGGGGGAGUUCCGGGAGUUUUUGACUAGAGAUAUUGGAAAGAGCAUUUCUUUAGGGAGCACUUGUACUGCUUUUUAGGGAUAAAGGAACAUUUCCGUUCAGUGUAGGGAGAAGUGACGAAUACUGCUAAAGAGUCUGGAUUCUUCUCAGCGGUAACGGGCUCCAAGCCGAACACCUGGUUUCUGAAGCCUCAGAGGCGGAGGGCGAAGCGAAUGCGCUCUUCGGCCUGAGCGGACUACACUUCCCAAGGGGCCUUGCCUCCGCGCCUACCGUUUCCGGUAUACUUCCUGUGAGGCAUCAAGGGAAUCGUAGUUCCGAAGAAGUAUGCUGUCUACUUGCCAAAGGAUAAAUUUUAAAUGAUUUGGAGCUAAUGGUCGCAAAAUCACAAUGCCUACAGUUCAUAACCCAAAAAAGUCUCUUACACCUCGGAUUUCUUGUUUAACAAGUGAAUCCUAUGAGCAGCUGGAAUUUUUGCCUGACAAGCUAAGAACAAAGCUACUUCCAUUCCAGAAAGAUGGCAUCAUUUUUGCCCUCAGAAGAGAUGGCAGGUGUAUGGUGGCUGAUGAAAUGGGCCUAGGAAAAACAAUCCAGGCGAUCGCAGUUGCUUACUUCUAUAAAGAAGAAUGGCCUCUUUUAAUAGUGGUCCCUUCAUCUCUGAGGUACCCUUGGACAGAAGAAAUAGAGAAAUGGAUUCCAGAGAUAGAACCUCAGGAAAUCAAUGUUAUUCAGCAUAAAACUGAUGUUGGGAGAAUAUCAAUCAGCAAAGUGACAAUUCUAGGUUAUGGUCUUUUGACCACAGAUGCAGAGACUUUGAUAGAUGCCCUGAGUAAUCAGAACUUCAAAGUAGUUAUAGUGGAUGAAUCACACUACAUGAAGUCUAGGACUGCAACCCGCAGCAAGAUUUUAUUGCCAAUAGUGCAGAAAGCCCGAAGAGCCAUUCUUCUUACGGGAACUCCAGCUUUGGGAAGGCCUGAAGAGCUUUUCAUGCAGAUUGAAGCUCUCUUUCCACAAAAAUUUGGAACAUGGACUGAGUAUGCUAAAAGAUACUGCAAUGCACAUGUCAGAUAUUUUGGUAAAAGAUCUCAGUGGGAUUGUAGAGGAGCAUCAAAUCUUAAUGAACUUCACCAACUAUUAAGUGGCAUAAUGGUUAGAAGAUUAAAGUCUGAAGUUUUAACCCAGCUGCCCCCUAAAAUCAGACAGCGAAUUCCAUUUGACCUUCCAUCAGCAGCAGCCAAGGAGCUGAAUGCCAGCUUUGAAGAAUGGCAAAAAUUAAUGAGAGCUCCAAAUUUAGGUGCCACGGAGACAGUAAUGGGGUUGAUUACUCGCAUGUUUAAACAAACUGCUAUUGCCAAGGCAGGUGCAGUAAAGGAUUAUAUAAAGAUGAUGCUUCAGAAUGAUUCACUUAAAUUUCUGGUUUUUGCUCAUCACUUGAGUAUGCUCCAAGCUUGCACAGAAGCAGUCAUUGAAAACAAGACUCGUUACAUUAGGAUAGAUGGAAGUGUUCCAUCUUCAGAAAGAAUUCAUCUGGUUAACCAGUUUCAAAAGGAUCCUGAUACUCGUGUAGCUAUCCUGAGCAUUCAGGCUGCUGGCCAGGGUUUAACAUUUACUGCUGCAAGUCAUGUUGUAUUUGCUGAGCUGUAUUGGGACCCUGGACAUAUAAAACAAGCAGAAGACCGUGCUCACCGAAUUGGGCAGUGCAGUUCUGUGAAUAUUCAUUACCUCAUUGCAAAUGGAACUCUAGACACUCUUAUGUGGGGAAUGUUGAACCGAAAGGCUCAAGUCACAGGGAGUACACUAAAUGGUAGGAAGGAAAAACUUCAGGCUGAGGAAGAUGAUAAAGAAAAAUGGGAUUUUCUGCAGUUCGCUGAAGCAUGGACUCCAAAUGACUGUUCUGAAGAAUUCAAGAAGGAAAUUUUGUUCACGCAUUUUGAAAAAGAAAAACAGCAUGAUAUUCGAUCAUUCUUUUUACCAAAACCUACAAAGAAACAGUUGGAGACAACCUGUGAUGAAUCAAGAAUAGUCCCAGAUAAAAAUACUAUAGUGGCAUCAGAGCCUAGCAAAGUAGCUACUAGAGAUACCAUUAAUUGUGGAUGUGAUUUUGAACCUGAAGCCAAAAGAUUGAAAUUGACUACCACCAAUGACCACAGCAGUCCUCUUGAGGAGAAACCAUCCUGGUCCAAACCAACCAAAACUGUAGUCAAGGAAAAUGUCCCUGAGGCCAAGUCCCUGUCAACCUCUCCAGCCCUUCCUGGAAAGAACUGGCAAUGUGCCUUCUGUACCUUUAUCAAUGAUUCAGAGCUUCGUUAUUGCGAAAUGUGUGAGAACCUGCAAGACAGUUCUGGCAGUCUCAACUGUAUCCAGGAAAAAAACAAAAAUGAGGAAGAUAAUUCUCAGAAAGAUACCUCUAAAACAGUUCAAGCUGGCUCAGACUAUGAAAAACAAGUCCUUGCACAGUCAGCUCCUGACCAAUUGAUGGAGAACAAUGAAGAAACAAUGGAAGUUGAGAGGGAAGAUAAACUCACACCUCAGGCAGUAGAGCAGUUGAAGCAUUCAGACACUGUGCCAGUGUACAAUACCUUAAUGUUUUGUGCGAGUAAGAAUACUGACCGGAUUCACCUCUAUACUACGGAUGGAAAACACAUGAAUUGUAAUUUCAUUCCUUUGGAUAUAAAAUUAGACCUUUGGGAAGACUUACCAGCAAGUUUUCAACUGAAAGACAAUCGCUCACUGAUUUUGAGGUUUGUUCGAGAGUGGAGUAGUCUGACUGCCAUGAAGCAAAGGGUAAUUAGGAAAAGUGGGCAGCUAUUCUGUAGCCCGAUCCUUGCAUUGGAAGAAAUCACAAAACAACAAACCAAACAAAAUAGUACCAAAAGAUACAUAACCAAAGAAGAUGUUGCUGUUGCCUCAGUGAACAAGGUAAAGAAUAAUGGGGGCUGUGUUCGCCUGAUCACUAAGGAGUCUAAGCCCCAGAACCCUUCCACAAAAGAGCUUCUGAAAAAUGGAAAUUCUUAUACAUCUCAAGAUGAUCUCAUUGUGAAUCCUUGUACAUCUAAAGGGUAUUUGCAAGCUGUGGAUAAUGAAGGAAAUCCACUUUGCCUUCGCUGUCAACAUCCCACUAAGCAAGAGUGUAAAACAAAUGCUUGGGAUUCGCGGUUUUGUUCUCUGAAAUGUCAGGAAGAAUUUUGGAUUCGAUCUAAUAAUAGUUACCUUCGAGCCCAAGUGUUUGAAACUGAACAUGGUGUAUGUCAGCAAUGUAAUGUGAAUGCACAAGAACUCUUUUUAUGUGUGAGAGAUGCCCCUAAAAGCCAGAGGAAGAAUCUUUUGGAUACUGCUUGGACUUCAAAGCUCCCAUUAGAACAGCUGAAUGAAAUGAUAAGAAACCCCACAGAAGGACAUUUCUGGCAGGUGGAUCACAGGAAGCCAGUGUAUGCAGGAGGGGGACAGUGUUCGCUGGACAACCUACAGACUCUCUGCACAGUCUGUCACAAGGAGAGAACUGCCAGACAAGCCAAAGAAAGAAGUCAAAUGAAAAGACAAUCUCUAGCAUCAAAGCAUGGAUCUGACAUCACACGAUUUUUGGUAAAGAAGUAGAAUGGAAAAUAUAUAAAUGGAUGAUAUGGUUUGCAUAUGGAAGAACUAAACAUAAUUCCUCAUGUUUAUGUAAUAUUUGAAGAGUGAAAAAUUUAGAACAAAUCAAGAACUCAAAUUUAGGCUUUGUGCUAAGUAUUUUUUAGUGUGAAAUACUUUUUGAAAGUAAUUAACUGAAUAUUUUAUGGACUAAUUGAUUUCAUGCAGAAUCUCAAUUAUGUUUCAGAAAGAUUUUUGUUAAGCUUUUAUUUCCCCUAGUAUGCCUUAAUUACUAUAUUAUGCAUACAUAUUACUUGAAGAAUAUACUCUAAAUUACCUGAAAAAUGCUUCUAGAUUAGUAUUGGUUCAGAACUGUUGUUGGUAUAAAUGGACCAUUGCAAAACAAUAAGGAAAAUUGGAGUGGUGAAUCAUCAUUAUUCAGGAAUUCUGGACCAAGCAUGACCAGCCUGCUUAGUAUCCAAGAGAGAUUUGUUCAUUAACUGCCUCUAAAAUAGGCUUGAGUUUCUUAUUUUGAAUAUUAACUUUUUUUGCUUUAUUUCUCAGCCAGUAAUCUAUUGAAGCUAAAUUGUUCCUGUGGUGUUCAUGGAUAAUUGGAUGUUCUGGAUAAUUAUUAAAGCUAUUAAAUAACUGAAAACAUAAAAUAUAAAUGCCACAUGAGCCUCAUUUUUUCAAAGUUUUUCUUUCUUUUGCUUUUGUUUUUAAUAUGUAAAACUAGACUUGACAUGCUUUGUCAGCUAGUUGUCAUAUUUUGAUGUUAAAAUCCUAUUUAGUAUUUAUUUCUCAUACCUCUUAAAAAGAAUGAUGGGUUGUAAAAUAUUGUGCAGGAAAGCAGAAUCAGAUGUUAACGUAAAUUUUAAAAUACAGUAGUAAUAUUAAAAUGUAAUUACAUUUUAGACAUAUUAGUGAAACACACUGAGUACCUACUCCUGUCAUACGUUAGAAUCCGAAAAGAGUCAAAACUACACAAAGUAUAGUCCAAGGAAGA